UGGACAACCCUCAACGUGAUUUUUUACAAACCAAAACAAUUCUUCUUCACACUCUCCAUAAAACUUAAUAUCACUUACCAAAGAUUCUCAACACAGACCACAGUUUCAAACACCCAAGCUGAGAACUGACUUUCGUCACUUUGCGUGUUCUAAAAUGUGGAAAGCAAUAUAUCACCAUCAAAUAUAAAUAGAGUGUAAAAGAACCACACCACGGGCAGGAAAUUGAAAAUGUACAUGCAGGAAAUUGCGGGAAAGUGCUCAUAUCUUUUUAUACAAAAUGUUUCCGAUUAACAAAUAUUAGCAAAUGUAGCUUUUAUUGUAACAAACCACUCAGAGUUAUUCAAACAUAUUGAAACUAGUUAACAUUCGGUUUGCAAGCUGUUAGACUGAGGUUUUAAUUAAACUGAGCAUUUUGAUAAUUCUAUGAUAAUUCUUAGUGAUGUUGCUUUGGUCAUGUCAUUGUUGCCUAGAAAACACGCAGUAUGUCAAAACAACGCAAACAUUAUUUAAUAUUGCACCUAAUGCGCAUCCUGAUGGUAUUGUCAAUAUUCGAUGGACAAAAUUAAUUAGUGCUAAUUUUGCUAAUUGGUGUUAUUAAGUAGGGCAAAAGCAACCUCGUUCCCAGGCUCUUUCCUCUACGCUCCUACACGACCACAAUAUUCAUCUUACAUAAAGUUUUUCUCCACCACAAUGCAAGAUGGCCGACAAUUCAAGCGCGUCGACAUCAAAAGUCGGUCAAAUACAAACAAAUAUGGCAGCAAAAGUUACAGCUAGCAGCACUAAAGCAACUACUUCAGCUGUAAAAGAAAGCGAUGUUAAACAGAAAGCAGGAGGCUCAUCUCUCGCUGAUUUUUUACUGCAUUUAGAUGAUUACACACCUACGGUAUAUUUACGAUUGGAAUAUUUCAUUUUAGUAUUCUUUUAUAUUCAAAGACAAUGGAUUGUAUAUAACUGUAUAAAACACCUCUAAAGAAUGAAAUUUCAACUAUAAGUCAGUAUGCUUUUUAAAGUUUCAUUAUAUUGAUAUAUUCGAAUCUUAGAUUCCCGAUGCAGUGACAUCCUACUAUUUAAAUAGAUCUGGAUUCGAAACGACUGAUCCGAGAUUGUAAGUAUAGCAAUACAUUAUAUACACUCAAGUGUGACAAUAUUUAAAAUACUCAUUACCAGUCACUCAUUUUGUAGCUUGUUUUAUUGCAAUAAAUGUUGCUGUAGCCUUUGACCCAUAACACAAAUCGCAAUUUGUCGCUUUUUCCCAGUCAGAAGCUGUCGUUUGUCGCUCUUUUUUAGAUAGUCUGUCGCUCUUUUUAAGGAAUGUCGCCUGUCAGUCAUAAGCCCUUGGUGGGCCUCACUUAUAAUCGUAUUUAAGUAAUGUAAAGCAUUCACAUCCAGUCUGUACCUGAUUUACUAUAGCUUGCCUUUGACUCACCUUAUAAUAAUAUUAAUUAAUAAACUACAAUAUGGUAUAUAUUAACCAUUUACCAUAUUUUUCUUAGGGUGAGACUGAUCUCCCUUGCUGCACAGAAAUUUGUUUCUGACAUUGCAAAUGACGCUUUACAACACUGCAAGAUGCGAGGAUCUGUACAGAGUUCCAGGAAAUCUGGCAAAGUGAGUGGUGUUUGUUCCCCAGCAGUGGUUUCCUGAUUACAUACCUUUCAUGAAGUACGCCUCCUGCUUUUAAUAUUGCCAAAAAAUCCAUAAUUUAUUCUCAUUUCAGGAUAAGCACUAUACCUUGACAAUGGAAGACUUGACACCAGCCCUGGCAGAAUCUGGAAUUAACGUGAAGAAGCCACCAUACUUUGUAUAAUAAACUCAAUACUACGUUGUGUACAUACCAUAAAACUACAAUAGUUUAUUUUGGUUUGAAUAAAAGUAUUCAAUUGUACAAACUUCAUAGUUUUAUGAAAUAAUGUCAGGUAGUCACUAUUCUCCCAAACAUUAUAUUUCUAAUUUUAAUUUAUUGUUACAUACAAAACUACUUUUCUAAUGUAUCUUGGGGUUUGAUUGUAUCAAUCCUUGUGUAUUUGUAUUUGUCAUCAACUCAAUUUGGAAUAAAUUACAGUUUAUUUACAAAUGCUAUCAUUUUCAUUCAAAAUAAUCAUGGUUUAUGCAGAUCUGCUUGGAAGCUAGCUAAAACAGCAAGUAGUCUACAAUAUGGUUGGUAUGAAAUUUCUUUUAGUAUUUCAGCAAUCAUUAAUAAAAGUGAAGUUUCAUGAGUCAGUAUUCUAUGUUUCUGUCUUUAGCUACCCUGGAUUCCAGAACCUUCGACAGUAAAUAAUAAAUUGAAACGUUGCGAAGGCUCUGGUUCAACGGGAAGAUUCUUUGAUUAAACCGUGCCAAUCACAAAACAGAAUUAGUGGUUUUAGUACAGAUUCUGUACUAAAACCACUAAUUCUGUUUUGUGAUUGACGCGGUUUAAUCAAAGAAUCUCCCCGUUGAACCAGAGCCUUCGCGACGUUUCAAUUUAUUAUUUACUGAAGGCUCUGGAAUCCAAGGUAGUCUUUAGCAUGCAUUAUCAGAAAAUAGAAGACUAUUAUGUUGCCUAUAUCUUGCAAAGUUUGAAUGAAUUGGUGGACAGACUUGCUGUCACUUUUCUGCUGACUCGUAUGAGUGUGUCAAUUAAUAUUGAUGUCUGGGGUAUAAUUACAAAAUAUCAAAAAACAGACUUGACAUUGCACCACUUAUCGUAACAUCCUAAAUGCCUAUGUAAGUCCACGAUCAUCUUCAUGUGAAAGUAUCUCGUGUCCUUCGACAGUUUGACGAAUCU